AUGGUAUUUAUUCUUAGUAACACUUUACAGAAAAGUCAAUCAGGCAAAUUACUUGCUUGGCGACCAGCACUACAUCUCUAUCGCUCUUCAUUUCUUGUCAUUCUUCAUAUAAUUUUCGUUGGCAUAAAUAUUUAUGGUUGGUCGCAUUCGGGUGUCAAUCAUGUUCUCAUUUUCGAAAUUGACCCGCGUAAUCACCUCACCUAUCAACGAUUACUUGAAAUAGGCACAUUUCUCAUGGUCUUAUGGUUUCUCAGCUUUAUUGCCUUUAUCAUAUCGUCCUAUUACGAUGUUCGACCAUUCGCACAGCCAUUAGCGUUUGUUAUCUUACUAAUUCUUUUAUUAAUAAAUCCAAUUCAAAUAUUCUACUAUCAAUCACGACUGUGGUUUUUAAAGAAUCUUGGCCGAGUUUUCCUAUCACCAUACUUUCAUGUAGAUUUUACAGGAUUUUGGCUCGGGGACCAGCUCAUUUCACUUGACUUGGUCUUUUUCGAUCUUCAAUAUUUCAUUUGCUUUUACAUGAAUGAUGUAGACUGGACUCGACCAACGGAGAAGCAUGGCGUGUUCUGUUCUGAUUGGUCACAGUUUCUUCUUCAAACUAUUUUCAUUCUACUUCCAUCUUGGUUUCGUUUUGCACAAUGUAUACGACGGUAUCGUGAUACGAAAGCAAAGUUCCCCCACUUGGCUAAUGCUGGCAAAUAUGCGAGCACUGUUUUGGUUGCCGCCACGAAUGCUCUUCGUCGAGCAGCCAUUGUCGAAUAUCAAAGCCGAAGAGCAGCAAAUCCAUUUCUGUAUCUAUGGUUUAUUUCAUCGUUGAUCAGCUCAACCUAUAAGCUCAUCUGGGAUUUCAAAAUGGAUUAUGGCUUAUUUGAUAAAAAUGCAAGUGAAAAUAAAUAUUUACGUGAACAAAUCAUCUAUUCGUCGAAAGCAUACUAUUAUGUGGCUAUUAUCGAAAAUAUUGCCUUUCGAUACAUUUGGAUUAUCAAUAUAUUUCUCUAUUUUGAUACAUCUGCGGCCGAAUAUGCUGAUAUCGUUGGAUUUAGUUUUGGCAUCAUUGAAAUAUUUCGGCGGUUUAUUUGGAAUUUUUUUCGAUUAGAAAAUGAACAUUUAAAUAAUUGCGGUGAGUUUCGUGCCGUCCGCGAUAUUUCCAUCCAAAAGACAGUGACAGUGGCAAGCGGAUACUCGACACGUCUAGAAAGAUUAGGCACAAUAUCGAAUCUUGGCAAUGAGCAUAAUCCAAAACGACAUCAUACUAUUACCACCGGAGAGCAAGUAACGACGACAGAAAAAUACCGAAAAACAACGAUUCGAAGCGCUACAUUAAACAAUGAGAAUAUUUCUCUGCAAAACUUAACGACAGCAACACAUAGAAAUCAAGUAAAUGAUCUUUCAGAAAUUGUUGAGGCAUCUUCGGACACUAUGCCAACGUCUAACUCUCUGGUACUAGUGAAUCCUAAUUAUCAUCGAACACUAUCUACUUAG